AUGGCGCCCGGAAGGAAGCAGCGCCGAGCAGAGCGCUUGCAGUCGUGGAACGAGGACCGCUGGUAUGUGCAGCAGUCGUGGAAGCGCUCGAGGCGUGAGGACUGGCGCAGCAAUGACUCCAUGGACUACAGCUCCUCGAACGGCAGUCGCCCCUUGGACUACAGCUCCUCGAACGGCAGUCGCCCCUUGGACUACAGCUCCUCGAACGGCAGUCGCCCCUUGCGCUACAGCUCCUCGAACGGCAGUCGCUCCUUGGACCACAGCUCCUCGAACGGCAGUCGCUCCUUGGACCACAGCUCCUCGAACGUCAGUCGCUCCUUGGACCACUCGAACGGCAGUCGCCCCUUGGACUACAGCUCCUCGAACGGCAGUCGCGUCUCGGCCCACAGCUCCUCGAACGGCAGUCGCCUCUUGGACUACAGCUCCUCGAACGGCAUGUCCUCUUCUUCUGCCAGCACUUUGGAAAGCCGCGAGUUCGAGACGCGCAAGACGCUGCUGCUUUCGAAAGGCCCCGGCAACAAGUGGCGCCGCAUCCAAAGCAGCAUCUUGAAAGCUUACGACCUGCCAGAUCUGCCCUACGCCUACGAUGCCCUGGAGCCCUCCAUCGACAAGGCGACGAUGGAGUUCCACCACGACAAGCAUCACCUGACCUAUGUGACGAACAUCAACAAGGCUCUUGAGGGCAAGAGCCAGCCUCCACUUGUCGAGCUCCAGAAGACGGCCAUCAAGGACGGGGCCGCGUUCCGCAACAGCGGCGGCGGAGCCUACAACCACAACUUCUUCUGGCUGGAAAUGGCUCCCACGGGCAAGGGCGGUUCGCCGUCAGAGAAGCUGGCGAAGGCCAUCGACGAGUCGUUCGGAUCCAUGGACGACUUCAAGGCCAAGUUCGAGGCAGCUGGUGCCCCUGGCGCCCGCUUCGGCUCCGGCUGGGUUUGGCUGGUGGUCACAGACGACAAGCCUGCAUGGUGGAGGUUCUGGAGGACAAGAAGGAAGCUGGCCAUCACGUCCACGCCGAACCAGGACAACCCUCUCAUGGACGGAGUCGAUGGCACUCAGGGCAUCCCAAUCUUGGGCUGUGAUGUCUGGGAGCAUGCCUACUACUUGAAGUACCAGUACCGUCGCCCGGACUACAUCAAGGCAUGGUGGGACGUGGUCAACUGGAACCAGGUCAGCGCGUGGUACGAGGACGCCUUGGGUGGAACUGCACCCACUGCUAUCAGACCCGCGACCCCUUUGAAGUCUUUCAAAGAAAAGGAGCUGCUUCUGCGAGGGUGUUCCCGCCACUAUGAUGCCAAGGGCUCGACAGUUCUGACAGCCGAGAUGCUCUCGCUGCUGGUGCCCAUGCAGGAAAACCACCAGCCACAGGACAUCGUGCCAGAAAUUCCUGAUGAGGUCUUCGGAGCCUGUGAGUGGCAGCCCCUGAUCAUCCUUCCUCUCUUGGAAGAGGGCCUGAGGCCCCGCCGGCAGACGCCGAUGGGAAGCAUCUCCGAAAACAGCUGGCCGCCCUCCCUGCCGUCGCCGCGGCCAGACACCCGCGCACGGGACACGCUGAAACACCUCGAAGAGGCCUUGCUGGGAGCUCGUGCCAGCCCAGCCGAGGCUUCAGGUGAUCCGAGCCUGGUUGAGUCAGAGUCGGCUAUCGUCGAGCUGGAGGAUCCAUUCCUCGCGGCGCUGUGCCGCCAUGAAGAGGAGCAGGGGCGUGAGGAGGAGCUUGCUGCAGAAGAGGCUGCGGCCGCAGCGGCCUCGGAGGCAAGAGGCUGCCGCAGCUACCUUGCCAAGGUCUACUCCCAGACCGCUGGCGUAGCAGACCAAAGGCACGCGAAGAAGAUGAAGCAGGAGGUGCCUGCAAGCUGCACCAGUGCAUGUUCCGGUGUCCUAAUUAGCAUGAGGGUCUGGCAGCAAGUGGUAUAG